CCCUAGCUAUAUAAAUAAAGGCAGACUCCGCCGCCACCACUGCUAGGGGUUUUCUCGAGCUUCAGUAGCAGCUUAGCCGUCUCACCAGCAAAUCAACCGAAGCCAUGUCAGUACCAGUUAAUCCCAAGCCUUAUUUAAACAAUUUGACGGGAAAGCCUGUGAUGGUAAAGCUUAAAUGGGGAAUGGAGUACAAAGGGUAUCUGGUCUCCGUGGAUUCAUACAUGAACUUGCAGCUUGCAAACGCAGAAGAAUACAUUGAUGGACAAUGCACUGGUUCUCUCGGAGAGAUCCUGAUUAGAUGUAAUAAUGUCCUCUAUCUUCGUGGUGUACCUGAGGAUGAAGAAUUGGAAGAUGCUGAUCGCGACUAGAAACUAUGUUGUAUUAGUAGUGUCAUCGUUCUUCAAGUGCAAUCCGAUUUCUGGUUCACUGGCCGUGAUGGAACAACGUAUUCGUCUCCUUGUAUGUAUUAUCAAUGAUGUGAUAAACUUUCCUAGAUUUCUAUCUAAUGUAUGCUGAUGGAUAGUUGAGGAAGAGGUUGGUGACCUUACUGUUUUACUGGAGCAAAAUGAACCAGAUAUAUAACUUGACAGCCAUAUGAUCUUCAGAUUAUUUUUGUAUAUUGGCUUAUGUUUAGCAAGAAUAGACAAAUUGAUUGGGAGACAUUGCAUUAUUCACUUUCUUCACCAAAAUGUAUUUACAAGUCAAAUCUCUCAAUAACAGUCGCAUUUGUUCUGAUA